GGGAGGCGACCCGCCGCCCGCCCGGCUGGCAUCCCUGAGCCGCCGCCAGCCCCGCCGAGCGGAGCCAGUCCAGUCUCCGAGGGGCGCCCGGCGCCGGAGCCAUGACCCUCCGCCGACUCAGGAAGCUGCAGCAGAAGGAGGAGGCGGCAGCCGCCCCAGACCCCGCCGCCCGGGCUCCCGACUCGGAAGUCGCGCCCGCCGCUCCGGCCCCGACCCCGGGACCCCCUGCCGCAGCCGCCACCCCUGGACCCCCAGCGGAUGAGCUGUACGCGGCGCUGGAGGACUGCCACCCUGCUGAGCUGUACCGCGCGCUCGCUGUGUCCGGGGGCACCCUGCCCCGCCGAAAGGGCUCAGGAUUCCGCUGGAAGAAUCUCAGCCAGAGUCCUGAACAGCAGCGGAAAGUGCUGACGCUGGAGAAGGAGGAUAACCAGACCUUUGGCUUUGAGAUCCAGACUUAUGGCCUUCACCACCGGGAGGAGCAGCGCGUGGAAAUGGUGACCUUUGUCUGCCGAGUUCAUGAGUCUAGCCCUGCCCAGUUGGCUGGGCUCACACCAGGGGACACCAUUGCCAGUGUCAAUGGCCUGAACGUGGAAGGCAUCCGGCAUCGAGAGAUUGUGGACAUCAUUAAAGCGUCAGGCAACGUUCUCAGAUUGGAAACUCUGUACGGAACGUCAAUUCGGAAGGCGGAACUGGAGGCUCGUCUGCAGUACCUGAAGCAAACCCUGUAUGAGAAGUGGGGAGAGUACAGGUCCCUAAUGGUGCAGGAGCAGCGGCUGGUGCAUGGCCUGGUGGUGAAGGACCCCAGCAUCUACGACACGCUGGAGUCGGUGCGCUCCUGCCUGUAUGGCGCGGGCUUGCUCCCGGGCUCGCUGCCCUUCGGGCCUCUGCUCGCCGUGCCCGGGCGUCCCCGCGGAGGCGCUCGGCGGACCAGGGGCGACACUGACGACGCCGUCUACCACACGUGCUUUUUUGGGGACUCCGAGCCGCCAGCGCUGCCGCCUCCGCCGCCCCCGGCUCGCGCCCUGGGCCCGGGCCCCGCCGAUACCCCUGCUGUGGGGCCGGGCCCCGGAGCGCGGGCCGCGCUGAGCCGCAGCGCCAGUGUGCGGUGCGCGGGCCCCUGCGGGGGCGGAGGCGGGGGCGCGCCGGGCGCGCUCUGGACUGAGGCCCGCGAGCAGGCCCUGUGCGGACCCGGCCUGCGCAAAACCAAGUACCGCAGUUUCCGCCGGCGGCUGCUCAAGUUCAUCCCCGGACUCAACCGCUCCCUGGAGGAGGAGGAGAGCCAGCUGUAGGGGCGGGGGCGGGCAGAGAGGUAUUUAUUUAUUUAUUCGCAACAGUCAGCGCUGAAAGAGGGGGAGGCCGGGCUAAAAGGACCCCAGGAGCCCAGAGCAGCGGGAGAGGGUCCUUGCGAGCCCCGCCCCUCCUGGUCGGUUCCUGGCUGAUGUCUGCUGAGGGAGUGGGGGGCUCAGGCCCUUCUCUUCUCUUUCGCUAAGCCACAGUGGGAGCUGGGGCAGGGGGAGACCCAGGCAAUCGGGGGCCAAAGAUGGGGUGCUUGCCUACAGUCUCAUCUGUAGUGCCUUGUGGGGUAUCCUGGAACACCCACCCAGCAGGGGUGGGAACCCUGUCCCACGAAGCCCUCUCCUCAGCUUUACUUGCUCCCCCGCCCUUAGCCUUGGGGAGAAAUGGCCCAUGGUGGGCUGACCCCCCACCCUCCACACACACGGUUCCCUGACCCCGUGGGCCCCCAGGGGCAUCAGGUGCUGGGCCUCCUGCGUCCUGGCCUCGACCCCUAAGGGCUUGGCCUCUCCCAGGGGCUUGUAACUAAGUCGGGUCCUGCUGGGCAGGGGGUCUGUGUUCUGUGUCCCUUGGGGACAGGAACCGGCAAGUUCAGGUGGGGUGGGGACAGCACAGACUGUUCCACCGUUCUGCAUAUUGUUGCUUCUGAACCACAAACUGUAUAAAAUGGAUGGUUUUUCA